AGCAGGGCUUGGGGAGGAGAGCGCCUGCCACGGGCCUCGCCCUGGGGAGCGCUGUCGAUGGGAACAGCGGUCACCAGCAGGAGAGGCCCGCGCCUCGUGAGCGCGCACCGGAAGCGCGCACCCGACUGGCCGCGGAGCGCGCAGGCUGCCCCCGGGUCCAGCAGCUGCUUUGGUCCCUCUCUGUGCGCCCGGGUUCCCGCAGCCCCUGUCGCUGUCCCCGCGCCCGGGUCCCGGCUCUCCAGGACCCCGCGGCCCCUGACCCCGUCCCCAAACCCGGUCGCCUGAGCUUGAGCUCAUGGAGCAGCUGCUGCGCACCGAGCUGCGCACCACGACCCUGCGGGCCUUCGGGAGCCCUGGGGCGGGCUACAUCAGCGAGGGCCGCGCCUACGACACGGACUCCGGGCCCGUGUUCGUCAAGGUCAACGGCAGGACGCAGGCCCGGCUGAUGUUCGAGGGGGAGGUGGCCAGCUUGGAGGCUCUGCGCGCCACAGGCCUGGUGCACGUGCCUCGGCCCAUGAAGGUGAUUGAUCUGCCGGGAGGCGGGGCCGCCUUUGUGAUGGAGCAUUUGAAGAUGAAGAGUUUGAGCAGUCACGCGUCAAAGCUCGGGGAGCAGAUGGCAGAUUUGCACCUUUACAACCAGAAGCUCAGAGAGAAGCUGAAGGAGGAGGAGAACACCGUGGGCCACAGGGCGGAGGGUGCUGGGCCCCAGUACAUGAGUAAGUUCGGCUUCCACGUGGUGACGUGCUACGGCUUCAUCCAGCAGGUGAAUGACUGGCAAGAUGACUGGCCGACCUUCUUCACCAGGCAUCGGCUCCAAGCACAACUGGACCUUAUCGAGAAGGACUAUGCUGAUCGGGAGGCGAGAGAACUCUGGUCUAGGCUACAGGUGGAGAUCCCGGAUCUGUUCCGCGGCCUGGAGAUCGUCCCUGCCCUGCUCCACGGGGACCUCUGGGCUGGAAAUGUGGCCGAGAAUGACGAGGGGCCCAUCGUGUACGACCCGGCUUGCUUCUACGGCCAUUCCGAGUUCGAACUGGCGAUUGCCCUGAUGUUUGGGGGCUUCCCCAGGUCUUUCUUCACUGCCUACCAUCGGAAACUCCCCAAGGCUCCGGGCUUUGACCGGCGGCUGCUACUGUACCAGCUCUUCAACUACCUGAACCACUGGAAUCACUUCGGCCGCGAGUACCGAAGCGCGUCCCUGGGGACCAUGCGCAAGCUGCUCGCCUAAUAAAAGUCGCUGCGUGUCGUGUC